GGAACUUGCUUGUCUCUCAGAGAUCACAUUUCUUUAUGCUCCUUCAGUGUUACAGUACCCCCUUGCCUUGCUCCUUAGUGAUAGCUGUAACUGGACUAAUUAUGGGCCUCUUUGAUGGAAGGAAUUAUGUUCCUGUCUUCAUGCAUAAAUUAUUGUGCUGAAGAAAGAAACACAGAAAAAAAAAAAAGAAAGAAGCCUUACCAUUCAGUAUCGUAGCUGGCAAAUGAGGCAGAUGUUCCUGUUAAGCAAAGGCUUGCUUCUCACUCUAUCAUCAUGCUGAAAAAAUGGGAGAAAAAGUGAACAUUUUUCAGCUGAUUAUCAGCUUUUCUGCAACUGGAUGAUUUCUGUGUAUUUCAUACUAUGAAAUCAAAGACUAAUUCUUAAAAGACCAUGGAUCUGUCUUCUCGGCUUCACUGGAUUAGACGGAGACCUUGGAGAAACAGGGCAGCCAGACAUCAGUUUAGCAAAGUGGCAUCCGGACUUCCAGACAUCAUGCCAUCAGGGUCGCAGACAUUCUCUCCAGGUGGGCCAAAUGGAAUCAUUAGAAGUCAGUCUUUUGCAGGCUUCAGUACACUUCAAGAAAGGAGAUCCAGGUGUAACUCGUUUAUUGGAAACUCUUCUGCUGUCAAAAAACCCCAAGCCAAACCAAAGAAAAUGCACAACUUGGGUCACAAAAACUAUGGCGCCACCACCAAAGAGCCUCAGCCUAAACGAGUAGAAGAGGUUUAUGGAGCCUUAAAGUGUGGAUUGAAUGAAUAUCUAGAAAUACAGCAGACUGAACUGGACAGCUUGACAGCACAGUUAAAAGAUAUGCGGAGGAAUUCCAGGCUGGGAGUGUUGUACGAUCUUGACAAGCAAAUCAAAAUGGCUGAGAGGUACAUACGAAGACUGGAAUUCCACAUUAGCAAGGUUGAUGAAUUAUAUGAAGCUUUUUGUAUCCAGAGGCGACUGCGUGAUGGUGCCUGCAAAAUGAAACAAGCUUUUGAGAUGUCUCCUCUAACCAGAAAAGCAAGGGAGAGCUUAGCAGAAAUAAACAAGAAUUACAAAGAGAACACAGAGAACAUGUGCGUAAUUGAGGGGGAGCUGGAGAACCUCUUAGGAGAAUUUUAUAUUAAGAUGAAAGGUUUGGCUGGGUUUGCACGUCUGUGUCCUGGGGAUCAGUAUGAAAUUUUCAUGCGAUAUGGCAGACAACGAUGGAAACUAAAAGGCAAGAUAGAAGGCAAUGGCAAGCAGAGCUGGGAUGGAGAAGAAAUUGUUUUUCAGCCACUCGUUAAUGAACUAAUUUCCAUUAAGGUAACAGAGCUGAAGGGGCUGGCCACUCACCUUCUAGUUGGGAGUGUUACAUGUGAAACGAAAGAUUUAUUCACUGCUCGUCCUCAAAUGGUUGCUGUUGAUAUCAAUGACCUUGGUACUAUCAAGCUGAAUUUGGAGGUCACGUGGUAUCCAUUUGAUACAGAAGACCUGACUCCAUCCACAGGCAAUUUGAACAAAGCAUCUGCUGUCCAAAGAAGACUUUCAGUUUAUAGCCAAGGCACACCAGAAACCCCUACAUUUGAAGAUCGUUCAUUCUUUUCUACUUUACCAGAUGAAGUAUUUGAAAAUGGAACUGCAUCUGGUGGGAGAAGGCCUAUGUCUUUCAGCUUCAGUGACAUCCCAAAUGGUGACUGUACUCCUCACUCAUCGAAUUCUUCUCCUACUGUCUCAACACCUUCUCACCCUGAAAUCACUGUCACUCCACCUCAGAAUGAGAGUGAGGGCAGUAACCAGAACUUGCUGUCACUGAAAUGUCAGUUGGAUGAUAUUGCCAAAUCUGUAGCCAAGGAAACAGAUGUGAAUCUUGAGUUGGAUCUUGCCAAUAAUGAUGAUAGAUCUGAUCAGUUAGUCAGUUCGCCCUGCCAACAACCUUCAGCUCUCAAAGCAGAGGAUGUGUUUUUGGAAGCCACAAUCCCAGUUUCUUAUCUUCAAGAAACCGACGAAGUCUCAGAAUUGAAGCCUGUUGAACUGGAUGCUUAUGAUGGCAACAUUACUAAACAGCUUGUUAAAAGACUGACUUCAACAGAGACACUAGUGACACCUGAGAAGGUACAUUCAGAAGGCUCAAUAAGUGGUGAAUCAGAAAGCAGUAGGUCCUUGUUAGAAGGUUCAUUGGAGGAGGCAUUCCAAGGACUAGCCUUAUCUAUGGAGACACACAAGGAACAAUAUAAGGAGCUACAGGUCCUGGAUCAAGAAGUCAUGCGACUGGAGAGCCUUUUGAAAUGCAGGCCAGCUGUAAACCGAAGCAGGUCAUCCAGUUUAAGUCUGACUGUUGAAAGUGCUUUAGAAAGCUUUGAUUUCCUAAACACCUCAGACUUUGAUGAUGAUGAUGGUCAUGACAGUGGAGAUGAUGGGGUUGGUAUUGGUGGCGGUGCUGACUCUGUAUUCUCUGAGAGUGACACUGAGAAAAUCAGCUAUACAUGUGGACACCCACAGGCUAAAGGCCUCCUCAGUGAAGCCCUCACAGAAGACACAGGGGUUGGUACCAGUGUGGCUGGAAGUCCGCUUCCACUAAGCACAGGAAAUGAAAGCCUGGAUAUAGCAAUAAUUAAGCAUCUUCAACACUGCAACCAGCUCAUCCAGCAGCUUGCAGCCAUAGGGAAGUGCCCCAUUUUUCCAAAUUCCCUUCAUGAGAAGUUAUCCAGGCAACGGCAUGUACUAGAGAGUCUGUUCAAGAUAAUUUCUGAAAAUUCUGGAAGCAUCAGCUCUGUACUAGAAGCUGUUCCAUAUCUUAAAGAACAUCAAAAUUUGCUCUCCUUCUGGAUAGAAUGUGCUGGUCCAGCAAAUGUAUAUCACACAACUGUUGAGAGGGUGAUGAAACAACUUCAUGACUGCUAUGCUGAAACCAUCAGUGAAAAAAGUCCUGGUGUGGCAGAAGCAGCAUUUUGGGCCAUGGUGAACCAGAUGAUGGACAGAGCAGAUGUUACCUCUUCGUUCUGCUUCCCGCAAGAAGUGCUAACGGUUUUCCAUUUUUCAGUAUACCUGGCCAAUCAGAACAUUACAGAUCUCUGUCAUCAUUUGCGUAAACUUGCAAAUGAAGUGUCCCUGCUGCAGAUCUUGCGGGCUUCAAAAAAGGAUCAAGUACGAGUGUGUUUGAAAGAGCUGUCUGCCACUGACCUUCACCCUCUGCAUGAAACACUAAAAGCACUGGCCUUUCUUCUGAUGGAAAAUAACAAGACCAGUGAAGCUGUACAAGUCUUCCUGUCAGCCGCAUCAGAGGACAGACAUUUCAAGGAAAUGGCUUUGAUUUACUAUACUGAAGCACUGAGGGAAUCUAAUGUGCACCUACAGAAGUCUGCCUGCAUGGCACUGAAGUGUCUAAAAGCUACUCAAAGUGUUAAACCGUUGGUUUACCUAUGCCAAUCUAAUAAUGAAGAGCUGAGGCAAAUAGCUGCAAGCACACUUCUGUCCUUGGGGGAAGAUGGUCGAGCGGCAUAUGAACAACUGAAUAAGGCCCCACAAGCAAUGAUAAAAUCCACUGCACAUCGAGGGACAGCAGUUACCACAGCAUUUUAGAAGCAAGAACAUUCUCCUCACAAAUGUCAGUAUUAAUAAAGGAAUGUGGACUUUUGGGAUGGUGCUCAACAUUUGAGGCAACAGUCUGUGUGUUUAGCAGGCAUGAACAAACCUUUUAUUUUAAGUGACUUAUAGCCCUGUAGCCUCUACAAAUUAAUCCAGCUACUUGGAUUUAUAGAUUGCUGUCUAGUGACAAUGGCAUAUUCUUUCUGAAACAGAAAUGUAUGAACCGUAUACUACAAAUGCUACAGAAACUAUUUUUAUUCUUACUUUUAUCACUUUAGAGGUGGUAAGGUGAUGUAAAUGUAUUCACAAGUGCUUUGGAAAUUGAAGCAUGUGGACUGCAGCAGAACUUUUCUUAACCUUAAGUUAUAAUGCAUAAAAAGUAAAGGUGUGGCAAAAUCCUUUAAGUUGUUCACUAUAAAAUUAAAGGUGGUGUCAUAACCUCUUAAAGGAGACAAUUUAAAGAUACAACCACAAAUUUUUAGUUUUGUUUUUAAAGAAGGUUUGUGAUGUUUUAGGCAUUAUUCUGUCAUUACUUAAGGAACAUUUUUAAUGUUUUUAGAGUAGAGUUUUAAAUGAGCCAGCUAUUAUGUUUCAGAAGCAGUACUUGGAAGUAAAACUACUACAUUUUAUUGGUUACAUAUUUACUAUUGAUGUACAUAAUUUUGUAUCUGUUAACAAGCAUGAGUAUGAGACUUGUACUGCUGUUUAAUAUUGCAUUUUUUUACACUUGUUGCACUUUUGUAUUUUUAGUGGUACAGUACUACUGGUAUGGUCACCUUCUACUGCUUUCAUUGAUCUUAGUUCAAUUUUCAACUUUUUCUUCCUGCAUUACAUGUGACUGCUGCUGCUUUACUUCUGUCUCUGGUGUGCUCCUCACCUUUUGGAGUAAACAAGAAAUGUGAUAGCUGUGUGUGACUCAGUGUAGCCUUGGUGUUGAUUUACCACAUAAUUUUAUUAUGCAGUACAAGUAUGGCUAUACCAGUUAUUGUUUGUAGUACAUAAAAAGACAAAAAAAAACAUUGGUUGGACUUUUGAACCACAAGCUUUCUCCAACCUUGUUUAAGGUAAAGCUGCAGCUUCAAAUUCCUGAAAUCUGUUGAGCUGGCUAACCUCUUCAGAUGUGUGGGUGUGGGGCAAAGGUCUUGAGGGUAGAAUAGUAAUACUUAAAGUAAGGAGCAUAGAACCAUUGAUCUUUGAGAACAGAACUUGAUUAGUAAAAAGCACAGAGUCAUUGAUCAUUGAGAACAGGAUCUGAUUCAUUGUUAAGUCCAGAAUGAUGCCAUCAUAUUUGCAAUAUCUUCUCUGAUUGAAAUUUAAUAUAACAGAAGCAUGAAAUGACCAAAGAGUAGAGCUCAAGUUUUUAAGUUUAAUGCUGAACAACACAUUUUUGACUAAAAGGUUCAAAAUGCAGAAGGCUUCCCAAAAUACUAGAACAGUUUAUAUGUAUGUUAAAAGCCUGCAUACUGAAAUAGCAGUUUUUAUCGAGCAAGUCUUCAAAACGAGAAAUAUACCACGAUAAUUUUAACUAAUUAAAUUAUGUAAACUGUUGCAUGGUUUGGGGAGUUUGUAACUUUAUGAAAAUGUUUAUCAAACUUUUGCUUAGCACAUCUUGGGAAGUAACACUAGUCAAAUUUUUGUAAAGUCCUUACUAAGUUUUGUCAUAUUCAAAACAGUGUUUUUUUGUUUAACUAGAUUUAAAUUGAAAAUGUCACAUUUCAAAUACUCUUGUCUUUUCACAGAUGGACAGAAUUGCAGAUGAAGAUAUUGUUCAUUUUGUACAUCUAUGUUUAAGUUACUGCAAUGUAGCGAAAGGUGGUUUAACGUAGGUUUUGUUAGUGUAUUUUCUUUGCCGAGCAGCUAUACUAGUAAAGUAAUACAUGGCAUUCACUUGUAGCAGUUUUGCUUAUAUACAGCAGAGAAUCAAACCUUUAAUUUUGUUCAAAAAGUCCCCCCCACACACACACAAUUCAGGGCAUGGUCUUUGUGGUAUCUUGCAAUGCAGCAGGAACUUGAGUAUGUUAGAAAAGAAGACAAAUCCAAGUUUCACUUUCAUUUAAUUACGUUAGAGCUUCACUCUUUAUUCUUUUGUGACAUGCAACGCAUGUGCAAAGACUUAAUCUUGGCUUUAUUUUCCUAUUUACUUGUAAGCUGCUCACUAAAUGUUUAUUAGGGAUAUUUCAGCAGCUGUCUUCUAUGGAAAUUUGUCUUCAACACAACAGUGAUUUAUUUUCCAGCACUUUGGGUGAGGACUGCCCAAGCUAAGAGCUGUACACUGUCAUAAAUUAUGGGCAGCUAAAAUUUUAAUUCCUUAGUUUACUGUUGCAUCAUAUUUUUAAGGUAAUUCUCCGUUGAAAUCUUGUCAUACUUCCAAUAUUUUUAUACUUUGUCAAGAACAGAAUGGUUGCAUUCUUUUUUCCUUUGUUACCUCAGUAGAAAGAACAUUUUCCAGAAUGACAGCUGUAUCUUAUUGUUUGCCUUUUUCUAAAUCCAAAGUUUGUAAUCUUGUUGUCUGUUCAUAGCUGCUGGGGUAUGGGGGUAAAUCCCACUGAAAAGCUUUCACUAGCUUCAGCUAAUAAUGUAGGAGAUUAGGCACUAAAUCUGUGGCAGUGCCACUAGCUUGGUUGAUCCCGCAUCAGUUCAGAUGACUUUGCUCAGCUGUACCUGUUAAUCAUGUCUGCCUUGAUCAGAAUAAAGAUCUUAGCAAAUAA